UCGCAGUUUUACUAUCCUAGGUGACAAAGGUGAUACACUAUACGUCGGCUGUGUGUUUCUUGAUAUCGCUAGCUGGAUUAUAUUUAAUUGCAAGCAGCUAAGAUACGAAAAUGAUCUCCCACAUCUUGAUAGUUGCAGGGUGCCUAGCUGUGGUCAGUGCCCAAGAUUUAUGGGUUGAUAAAGUAGAAAUUACGAGUCCAGACAGUGUGACCUACUCAACAGAGGCCCCGACGAAUAUAACAUUCUCGAUAUGGAUUGGCAACAAAGAUCCCGAGGUUCAUGGUGAACUAACCGGCAUCCAAGUGUACUUCACAAACGGAUCCAACUACGAGGAUGCAUCGGUGAAGUCGGAAGCAAUUGAGGUCGCAAUAAUCGAGUCUCCCCGAUCAGUGGAAGCUGGGGAGGACGAGAGCGUGGAAUAUGGCGGCAAUACAGCCUCAAUCGUGGUCGACGCAGCCCAGUGUGAACAGUAUACCAAUGUCUGUUUCUUGAUUCAACAUCCAGGAUCUACCGGUGAAUCAACAGAUUUAGCAGAGGACGACGACGCGUGUCUGGCUCUCGGUGACAAUCAGCCAGGUGGUGUUCUUACCUGCCCCGAACCUGAUAUAGAAACAUCGGAUGACGACAAGGACAAUCAUGCAAGUCACUCUGGUGUAAAUGCAUUGCUAUGCUUGGUAUCCAUGUCGGUAUUCGUAUUUGCGUAUAUGAAGAAGAUGGCAUUGGUAGAUCGUUUUUAUUGUUCACUGUACAACUUUAGAGAAAAUAGUUCGUGA